CGGGCGCAAACAAUGAUAUUUGCCAUUGAAGAAAUAAACCAGAAUGAGAAUCUCCUGCCGGGAAUCACACUUGGUUAUCAUAUCCACGAUGACUGCUCAUCCCCCGCGAUCGCCUCGAAAGCAGCGUUUGCUUUGAUGAACGGAGACGAAGAAACAAUUGAAUAUACUGAAUGCAGAGGUUCCUCCAAUGUCGCUGCUAUUGUUGGCUGUGGUCCAUCUACAAAUUCCAUCGUAACCGCAAGGGCAAUUGGAUCCUUUGGAAUUCCGCUGGUUAGUUAUUCGUCCACCUGCUCCUGUCUCAGCGAUAAGAGAGAAUACCCGACGUUUUUUCGAACGAGUCCCAGCGACCAGUACCAGUCCAAAAUUCUCGCUGAGCUCGUGAAAACAUUCGGUUGGACUUGGAUCGGCACCAUUAGAAGUGACACUGAUUACGGAAUUUUCGGAAUGCAAGGAUUUGUCAAACAUGUGGAGAAUUUGGGGGUUUGCAUUGCCUACUCUGAAUCAUUAUACAGGUCCGAUCCGCCAGAGAAAAUCAGGGAAAUUGUUCAGGUGAUCAAGGAGGCGUCCACUAAAGUGGUUGUGGCCUUUGCUCACGCUGCUGAAAUGCGCAUCUUAUUGAACGAAAUUUUGCGUCAAAAUAUAACUGGUAUACAAUGGAUUGGAAGCGAGGCGUGGGUGUCAGGAAAUCUACUGCCCCAAGAAGAAAGUGCCAUUUAUCUCGCAGGAACAAUAGGGCUGGCUACUCGAAGGACAGAGAUAGAUGGUCUCAGAGAUCAUCUUCAUAGUGUCCAUCCUUCCAACUUUCCUGGAAAUACUUUGGUGGAGGAGUUUUGGGAAACUUUGUUUACCUGCUCUUUUACAAGAGGCAAUAAAACAUACACUGAAAGUUUCAUGGACCAAGUACGGCAUUGCACAGGAAAUGAACGAAUAGAAGACAUAGAAAGUACCUACCUUCCAGCGAUAAUGGAAGGGAGUUCCUACCACGUGUAUAAAGCGGUCUACAGUAUUGCCUACGCACUCCACAAUAUGAUGACCUGUGUAGAACGUCAUGGGCCUUUUAUGAAUAACACAUGCGCUCAUAUUUCAAAUUUCGAGCCGUGGCAGUUGCUGCACUACAUCCGGACAGUGAAUUUCACAGCAAAAACGGGAGAAACCGUGUAUUUUGACGAAAAUGGUGACCCAGUUCCAAGAUACGAAUUUGUGAACUUACAGAUGAAUCUGAAUGGUACCGUUGAGAUUGUAAACGUCGGAUAUUACGAUGGUUCGGCUCCUCCAGAGAGUAAACUAAAGAUGCAAAUCGAUAACAUCGUGUGGAGCACGACUGGAACGACGAUCCCACGAGCAGUUUGCUCUGAACCUUGUCUGCCAGGGACAAGAAAAGUAAGCCGGAAAGGGCAGCCGAUAUGUUGUUUUGACUGCGCAGAAUGCGCCGCUGGUGAAAUCAGCAACGUCACUGAUUCCACGGAUUGCAUCCAGUGCCCUUCGGAGUACUGGUCCAAUCAGGGAAACACACAAUGUGUUCUCAAAAAGGUUGAGUUUCUUUCCUUUGGAGAAGUUCUGGGGUUUGUAUUAGUGGCGCUUGCUAUCGUGGGAGUCUGUUUUACUUUGGGCACCGCUGUCAUUUUCUAUCGGAAUAGAGAAACUCCCAUGGUCAAAGCGAACAACUCGGAGCUGAGCUUUCUACUUCUCUUCGCCCUCCUGCUUUGCUUUAUUUGCUCACUCGCGUUCAUUGGAGAACCUACCAACUGGUCUUGCAUGUUGCGCCGCACGGCUUUUGGAAUUGUGUUCGUUCUCUGCAUUUCCUGCAUCUUGGGCAAAACUAUCAUUGUCGUUGUCGCCUUUAAAGCAACCUUACCCAAUAGUAGCAUGAUGAGUUGUUUCGGACCGACACAGCAACGUUUGGGCGUCUUCGUCCUUACAUUUUUGCAAAGCGUAGUUUGCAUUUUCUGGCUGAGCGUGUCACCACCCUACCCCCUUAAAAACAUGAGCCAUUAUAGAGACAUCAUUAUUCUGGAAUGCGACGUGGGCUCAUUGACCGCCUUUUACGUAGUUUCGUGCUAUAUCGCUUUGUUAUCCAUUGUCUGUUUAGUGCUAGCAUUCCUUGCCCGAAAACUCCCAGACAGUUUCAACGACGCAAAGUACAUCACCUUCAGCAUGCUGAUAUUUUGUGCGGUUUGGAUAACCUUUAUUCCAGCUUACGUGAGCUCUCCAGGAAAGUACACUGUGGCUGUAGAAGUGUUCGCCAUUUGGGCAUCGAGCUUCGGUCUGCUCGUCUGCAUUUUUGCACCGAAAUGUUACAUUAUCUUACUAAAACCGGAGAUUAAUACAAAAAAGCAUAUGAUGACUAAAGGGACUUCACUGUACCAAGCGAGAUCCCAGAAGCUGCAGCACAGAAUAGACAAGAGAACCAACUACCGGGUGGAGAAGGUGGCGGGGAAGGAAGCUGGUGGGGUGACUGCGGCCCGCGGACAGCUUGUAACCGCUUGA